UAUAUUGUCAAGUUGACAUUUCGAUUCCGAUUGAACAAAAACACGAAAUUGUUUGGAUGCAAUACAAUAGUUUAUUUAAUACAGCAAAGUUCCGCUACGUGCUUCAUUGAGCACCAAUAGGAGCCAAACAAUUUGAAUAUAUCAGUCACCGUAUUGGAACGCAAUGACUUCAGCGUCUUCAAGCAGUGCGCGUUCUUUAUUUGCGGAAUCAAAGCAACGUUUGGCUGAGAGAGUGCAAGUGAACAUGAACAAUAUUUCGUCUUUGGCUCGGCAAAUACAAAGAGGCUCUAAAUCCAAUGAGUUAUUAUCUAAAGCAGCCAGAGAUAUGGCUUCAGCGGAACAUCAGAUAGAGUCAAGUGAAGAGAACCUUAAGAAAAUGCAGCUCAUCGGAGUCCACAUGGGGUACCAGUUUGAGAACAUACAGAAGUCAGCACAAAUGUUGAAUGAAAUCAGCGAAAAAGUUAAAGCUAUGCAGAGGUGAUAGGGUUCAUAAAUUAUAUUAAACUACUAGCUGUUGCCCGCGACUUCGUUCCCGUGGGUAGAAGAUAUAAAUUAUGAUUUAUACCUGCCCUGUUUUUUCACAUUUUCCAUUGUACCUAUCUUCGCUCUUAUUAGUCGCAGCGUGAUGGUUUAUAGCCUAAAGCCUUCCUCGAUUAGUGGUCUAUUCAACAAAAAAAUAAUUUUUCAAUUUGGACCAGUAGUUCCUGAGAUUAGCGCGUUCAAACAAACAAACAAACAAACUCUUCAGCUUUAUAUAUUAGUAUAGAUAUAGAUUAAAACUGUGAACCUUGUUACGAGCAUGCUGGCUUUAUUAGGAUUAGUUUUAAGUUUUGUUUAGUUGAAGCAAAUGUAAUUUUAGUAAAGUAUCGUCUAUGACUUUUGUUAUACACUAUGAUAAAGUAUUUAGAAAGCCUUGUAAACUGAUUGCACCAUUGAUAAAAAUAGUUUAAGGGAUUUUUAUCCACAUGAUAAAUAUUACUAAAUUUAAUUGUAUUCUUGAAAAUAGUGUGUAAUGUGUUCAUGUAUUGUCAAAUAUACAUUAAAUUAAAUGCAA